AUGCCCCGGCCUCCGUUGGCUAUACAGGCAGUGACCUUGACCCUGGUUCCCCUCGUGUGCGCCGUGGGCAUGGCAGGCAACGCCAUGGUGGUCCUGGUGGUGGUCUGGAGCCGCCACAUGGUCACACCCACCAACUGUUACCUGGUGAGCCUGGCCACCGCGGACCUGUUGGUGCUCCUGGCAGCCGGAGUGCCCACCGUGGCCGAGGCGGCAUCUGCCCGUGUUUGGGUCUUUGGCCACGCAGGCUGCCUGGGCAUCAUUUAUUUGCAGUAUGUGGGCAUCAACGCGUCCACAGGUUCCAUCACCGCGUUCACGGUGGAGCGCUACCUCGCCAUCUGCCGUCCUCUGCGCGCGCAGGCUCUGUGCACGGUGCCACGGGCCAAGCGCAUCGCGGCGUCGGUGUGGCUGGGCACCGGCGCCUACUGCGUGCUCUGGGUCUUCCUGGCGGACACGCGCGAGACCUCGUACGCCGACGGCGUGCAGGUGCAGUGCGGCUACCGCGUGUUGCGCUCUCUCUACCUGCCCGUCUACUUCCUGGACUUUGCGCUCUUCUACGCGCUGCCCCUGGGCCUGGCCACCGUGUUCUACGCGCUCAUAGCGCGCGUCCUCUUCGCAGGGCCGCUGCCUCCGGGCGAUCCGGAACGCUGGGGCUCUGGGCACCAGGGUGGCCCCGCUGGCCAAGAGCGCUUCUCUUCCCGCGGCAGCAGAGGUGCCCUCAACUCCCGGAAGCAGGUCACCAAGAUGCUGGUGGUUGUGGUGGUCCUUUUUGCUCUGCUGUGGCUGCCCUACCGCACCCUGGUGGUGGUGAAUUCCUUCCUGAGCACCCCCUACCUCAACCUCGGCUUCCUUCUCUUCUGCUGCCUUUGCAUCUACCUGAACAGCGCCAUCAACCCCAUCGUCUAA